AUGGACAAUUACACAACUCAAGUAGGAGAAGGAUUUCAUCAAGAGGUCCGUGAGGCGUACAAGCAGACAAAUUGCAAGAACACUGACCCACAAAUGGCCCGGAUUGAUGAAAACCAGGAGGCCAUUGCCCGCAUACAGAUGCUUGUUGACAAUAGCAAUUUGGAGGAGGCUCAAUUUCAAGACCAUGAGACUCACUCAUCCCAGUACGGCUCAGCAAAUCCAACAAACCUCGCUGAAGACCACUACAAGUUUGGUUCACCUACAAAAUUCUGCAACACAAUGACACUGGAGGCAGAUCGGGGAUGGCGGGGCUUCAAUAGGAUGGCACGGAGAUUUUUUGCUGCAGAAGUUGCAGGUGCUAAAGUCGGAGAGGGGCCAAUCAAAAUUUUACCAUAUCUGUUACGAUAA